AUGCCGGCCGUUACACAAGCGGUCUCAGAUACCGACGGUGUGGUGCAGAAGAUCAAGAACGCAAAGGCGAAGGCCGACGAGGCUUUGCGGUACUUUGACCGGUCUGGGGCUGAGUCGACAGACGCAGAGGCUUACACUACGAACACUGAAAGAGAGGCAAAUGCGGCAGUGGAGGGCGCAAGGACUGCAGUGGCCGCAGCCCUCGUGACGGCGGAGAAGGCACAUGAGGUUGCCCUCAUGCUUGAGACCGCGGCGACCAAAACCGACGUAGCAGCGAAGGCGACGAAGGCGGCGAUAGACGGGCUACCCACAAUUACUGAAGCACCGACCGCGGAGCAGAAUAAAACGCUAAAUGAUGCGCUAAAAAAGUCAACCAAAGCUCUAAACCGUGCCAGAUGGACGCUGUGGGCUUCCAAGGAAGUUAAUACGAAGGAUGGUGAAAAAUCGAAGGAUGGCGCCCAACAAGCCCUUGCAUCUGUUGAGGCGAAGUUGAAAGCCGCUGAAACUUCAAUGCAGCCGAUUGAGUCGGCCCGAACAUCCGCUGAAGUUGCACUAAAGAGCGCCCAGCAGGAACUCGAACAACUCAAGGACAAGGCACACCAGCAGGAACUAGAACAACUGAAGGACAAGGCACACCAACAGGAACUCGAACAACUCAAGGACAAGGCACACCAACAGGAACUCGAACAACUGAAGGACAAGGCGCACCGGGUGGAGCGAGAGGAGACAGAAGAGGCGAAAAAGAAGGUGGACGAACCUGACCACUCGCAGCAACCCCAAACUACCGCUGCCCCUGCGCUUUCACUCAACAUCACCGCUGCAAACAGUGAGACGCUUCUUGCUCCACAUGAUGACAGUAGCAUUAACGAUGUGGCGUGGGUGCGUGCCCCACUGCUGCUGCUGCUGCUGGCCUGUGUGGCUGUGUGGUGA